CGCCAGUCCCGCCCCCCUGACAGCGUCUCGAGCCGCCGCCGAGAGAGCAUCCUCCGCCGAGAGCCGCUCGCGCCGCCGCCGCCUCCGCCGCCGCCGCCUCCGCCGAGGGAAGGGAAGCGUAUCGUAUGUCCGCUAUCCAGAACCUCCAACCCUUCGACCCCUUUGCUGAUGCAAGUAAGGGUGAUGACCUGCUCCCUGCCGGCACUGAGGACUACAUCCAUAUAAGGAUCCAGCAGCGGAACGGCAGGAAGACCCUCACCACAGUCCAGGGCAUCGCGGAUGAUUACGAUAAAAAGAAACUGGUGAAGGCCUUCAAAAAGAAAUUUGCCUGCAAUGGUACUGUAAUCGAACACCCCGAGUAUGGAGAAGUGAUUCAGCUGCAAGGCGACCAGCGCAAGAACAUAUGCCAGUUCCUCGUAGAGAUCGGACUGGCUAAAGACGACCAGCUGAAAGUCCAUGGGUUUUAAGUGCCUGUGGGCCACUGAAGCUUUAUGCAAGAAGAUUUCCUUACCAUGAAAUUCCCGCCUGUCCCUUGUCAUAAGUUUAAAACCAGCCGGUUUGUGUAAUGUAACGAUCUUGGGUCCACUGUUCAGUCUGGACUAGUGUAAUUCGGUGAUGUAAUAAACUGACAAGAGCCCAUGCUA